GAUGUACUGUGUACGCAGACGAUCGAGCCGAUCGUAGGUGUUGGCCUGACAACGUGCUAAACAACGCCAGCGCCAGCCGAAUUUUUCCCUCGCGACCACCGGAUCUCGUAUUUCACUGUGGGGUGCAGUAUGAUACCGCACAUUCAUUACACCUAAACUUGACUUUCAUCCAUGUUAGGAAUCUUAUCGUAUACAGGAUAAACUCUCGGAGGAGAAAAUAAUCGAAAAAAUCACUCAACAGCGGGGUGAAUUUCGAACCAGAUUUUUUGGAUAUAUUUACUCCGAAAAUGACGAAGCGUUGUAUAUGCGAGAUCUGCACGUGCGGACGGCAUCGCUGUCCCCAUCGGCCAAAGGGUCCUCAGAAGGCCAAUGGACCCUGCACCAUCUCUGAAUACUCCAACAAGUACAAAGCAUAUCCAGGCAAUGGAAUGCGGGAAAAUUUCAAGCCCAAGGCCCAAAUGUUGAAGAGUGGCGAUCCUAUAUCCGAUGCUACAACAAACAGGCUUGAUUAUAUCCCGCAUGAAGUUGAAAGACCGGCCAUGCAUGUCCCAGAACAGUUCAAACCAAAAGAGGGUGACAUAGACCUCCUGACAUCCUACACUAAAGAUUACCCUCAUCGUAAAGCACAACCUGCUAAGAGUUACCGUGGCAACCAAACUAGGGCUGUAUCUCCUGGUGCAUUUAAGGGAACUCCAACAUAUGUUGACGACUACAGGAAGUGGAAUCUUCCUCCAAAGGAACAGCUGAAGGAUCAUCAUGCUUACAUCCCACCCAAUGCAGCUUUCGACGGUCUCUCUACAUUCACCAGGGAUUUUCCUGCUAAAAGGGCAGCAAUGAGACAGAGUAUGAAACCCAAUGAUGAGGCAAAGGUAUCAACUACUCCAUUUGAUGACAAGACAUCGCAUCGCAUGACAUACAUCCCUCAUGCAGCACAACCCAAGUUUGUUCCUACCAAACCCCAGUAUAAGAAGAAUCCUCACAAGUUUGAAGGCUUGUCGACUUUCCAGAGGGACUUUAACGCGAAGCAGGGGUAUGUCCCAGAAAGCUGUAAACCAAGCAACACACCAUUAAGGUCCGAUCAGCCAUUUGAUGACAACACUACAUUCAGGCAGUCCUACCAGAAGUGGGAUUUGGCACGUCCUUACCAACAUGUCCCCGAGGCAUGGGUGAAACCUGGUGGCCAAAUAGACUUGAACACUACACAUAACCUGGCAUUCCCGGCACACAAGGUCCAACCCGCCCUCCCGGUCCGCCCACACUCUGGCCGUCACGGACAAAAUGUCCCCUUCGAUGACAGAACCCAGUACAAUCAAGACUUCAAGAAAUGGAAUAGCGUACCAACAAGGCGAGGAGACCCAAGUCAACGGCCGUACGAGAGACCAUCGGUUCCAUUUGAGGGUAUGUCUCACUACCAGACAAACUACCUGGCAAAACAUGCACAUCCAGCAAAGAGCAUGGCUCCUGACAACGUUGCAAAUUUAAGCUCAGAGCCCUUUGAUGACCGUACCAACUACAAGGCUGAAUACAUCCCCAAGGAGUUCUCUCCGUGUCCAGCAAUAGACCUGAAGAAGAGCGGAUUCCAGUAUGCCGACGUCGAUAAUAGGGGUCAUCAGAUAUGGUUGAAGAACCAAACCAAUGGAUCCAUGCAGACAAUGCAGAAAACACCACCCCAGCAACUCAAUAUCGAUCAGCCAACGCUUGCAUGAGGCUUGUGCUGAAAGCUCUAAUGAGAAGUUCAUGUACAAAAUAGUUACAUAUUUUACUGUAUCAUAACUGUUGCCAAAGCUUCUAAAGACUUAAAGUCCAAGUGAAUAUUUUGAAAUAAAUUUUGUAUAUAAAGAAUGUACAUUGCAGAGAUACAAAAAUAUCAACAAGUUGGAAAGUGUGUUCCCAAUGAGUUGGAGAUAUAUACUUGUGUGUAACAAUGAUACAAGACAUUGGCAUGAUAUACCAAUAAUGAAACAAAGUAAUGAAGUAAAUAUAACAAUUGUAAAAAUAUUAAUAGACUUGAUAAUGGCUUGCCAUCGAUCAACAUAACAGCAGUAUGCUGAAAUCAUAUUUCAAAUAGUUACUAUGUAUUAUGAAAAUAAUUUAUUGAAUUUCUUUUAAUAAAAAGUUGAAGUAUAUUUAUACCUAGAAGUACAACUUCAUAUAAAAUCUGUUAGCUGUAGAGAAACUUAGAAUAAAGCUGCAACCAGCAUUAGGAUACUCAUGAUAUAUUCAUAUUCAUAAUUUUUCAUACCCAUUUAAAGAACAGAUAAGGUUCAUUCUUAAUCGGUCAUUUGUUGCUAUGUCAACAAAUAAUAUCUUUUCAUGUUUAAUUUCACCUGUUAUAGUUAUAUUUAGACAUUGAUAGCUAAACUGAGACAAUCACAACACUGAGACAACACUUUGAUUUGUAAUUAAUAAUUGAUCGAUGGCAAAGUACUUGUAUGUGACAUCUCCAGGGAUAAUAAUGUGUUUGGCUUGUUACUAAGGAAGGUGUGAAUAGGAUGGAAUUAACCCACAGAUGAAAGCUUGCCUCAGUGGGGGAUGUCAAGUAUUAUGGAUCCCUAAAAUAGCUCAGGGCAUUGUAUUAUUACCCAGGAUUUGAUUUUUGUUCUAAAUGUUUGGGUUCUUACAUGUACUUACGAGAGUACAUGCAUUUCUGCUGGAUGAAAUUAAUAAGUACUCAAAUAGUACUAAAAACAUUGCAGUGAAACAUCUUCAGUUAUAACUCAACUUGUGAAUUUGCUAAAUGGAAUGUUGAAAUAUGUGAAUACAAUGUAAACUCACAUGUACUUAUAAAGUGAGUUUGUAAAUCCUAAUGUAUUGACUUUGGCUGUUAUAUAUCUUGACUUUGUAAGAAUAAUUAUGGUUAUUUACAGGUUACUGAACACUGCAUACUU